AUGCACGCCGCCGUCGGCACGAUCAUCUAUCCUCCAGGCAGAUCCUCAACAUCGUCGUCGAGAAGCGGGACCAAGAGUAACUCCAGCGCCAAUCAUCCCCGUUUCCGCCUGGUGCCCCACGGGCUUGGCCUCUCGCAAGGCCUGUGCGUCUUUUCUCCCACCGAUAAAGCAUCGGGCAUACAACUCUCGGCGCCUUACCUUCAUCACGUAUGGAGCUCGGACCGUCCAUUUAAUUGGGGAAGGGUUGGCUAG